AUGCAACAAUUCGCCAUUGUUGAGUUUGAAGAUGGCUUACAAUUAGUGCCCAGCACUUGGAUGUUAGAUAAUGAGAAAGAAUGUUUUUGGCCACCUUAUACUAAUUUAUCAAAAAUGAAUCGAGCCAUUUCAAAUUGUGAAGCUGUCUCCGACAAUUGGCAAACUCUUAAAAUAAUACGUGUAUUUGGAACUGCAAGUUCAUAUGAAAGUGGAAUAGAAAAGGUAAAAUUAGUAGAGCAAUUCUCAGAUAUCGAUAAUUGUACUGACAGUGAGACGUCGAAAAAAUCAAGAAAAAAACAUGCGAAGAAAAGAUUCAAUAUCGACAGUGAUGAUGAAAUUGAUAGUAAUGAUGAAACUUUGUCAUCGUUACCUCCACCACCAAAAAUACCAACACUUCCAAAUAAAUAUCCAACAAAAUGCUCCAAAAGUCAACCUUCCAAUGGAUGUAAUAACACAUCCAAGAUUUUGAAAGAUAGUUCUAAUUCUGCAAAUAAAGAGAAAUUUUCGCCACGUAAUAUAUUACCUACCUCAUCAAAGAUUUGUCAACAAACUAAUCCAACGGAUUUCAUGGAAAAUUCUUCUCCAUUGUCUAACAAUUCAGAUUUAGUCAGAAAAAUACAACUCUUCAUGUCAAAUUAUGCAACAGAUAACGUGCAGCAACAUUACACUGCAGUGAGUAAUAUUGUAACAUUGCAGCAACGUUGCAGCAAGCUUCUGUGCUAUAUGGAUAUUUAUUCAUGUUAUUGA